AUGGCCCCCAGCACCCUCUGGAGCUGCUGCCUUUACUGCCUGCUGACCGCGGCCGCGGGUGCCGGCGCUGCGAGCUACCCUCCCCGAGGUUACAGCCUCUACACAGGGGGCGGCGGUGCCCUCAGCCCCGGGGGACCUCAGGCCCAGAGCGCACCCCGGCCCGCCAGCCGCCACAGGAACUGGUGUGCCUACGUGGUGACGCGGACGGUGAGCUGUGUCCUUGAAGAUGGCGUGCAGACCUUUGUCAAGCCAGACUACCAGCCCUGUGGGUGGGGCCAGCCCCAGUGCCCCCGAAGCAUCAUGUACCGCAGCUUCGUCCGGCCUCGCUACCGUGUGGCCUACAAAACAGUGACUGAUAUGGAGUGGAGAUGCUGCCAGGGCUAUGGGGGUGACGACUGUGCCGAGGGUCCCGCCCCAGCCCUAGGCCCUGCACUCUCCACACCACAGCCUCAGCCUCGGCCCCGGCCUGCCCGUCCCAGCCUCUCGGGCUCCAGCGCAGGCAGCCACCUGAGUGGACUUGGGGGAGAAGGUCCUGGGGAGUCAGAGAAGGUGCAGCAGCUGGAGGAGCAGGUGCAGAGCCUGACGAAGGAGCUGCAAGGCCUGCGGGGCGUCCUUCAGGGACUGAGCGGGCGCCUGGCAGAAGAUGUGCAGAAGGCGGUGGAGACGGCCUUUAACGGGCGGCAGCAGCCAGCGGAUGCAGCUGCCCGUCCCGGUGUGCAUGAGACCCUCAGCGAGAUCCAGCACCAGCUACAGCUCCUGGACAACCGUGUCUCUACCCACGACCAGGAGCUGGGCCACCUCAACAACCACCACAGUAGUGGCAAUAGUAGGGUCCCCGGUCAGACCCCGGCCUCUUCUGGCCCCAGUGAGGAGCUGCUGCGGCAGCUGGAGCGCAGGCUGCAGGAGUCCUGCUCCGUGUGCCUGGCGGGGCUGGAUGGCUUCCGGCGGCAGCAACAGGAGGAUCGGGAGCGGCUGCGAGCACUGGAGAAGCUGCUGGCAUCAGUGGAGGAGCGGCAGCGGCAGCUCGCUGGGCCAGCCCUGGGUCGUAGGCCCCCUCAGGAGUGCUGCCCCCCUGAGCUGGGCCGGCGACUGGCAGAGCUGGAGCGCAGGCUCGAUGUGGUGGCUGGCUCAGUGACAGUGCUGAGUGGAAGGCGAGGCACAGAGCUGGGAGGUGCUGCUGGGCAGGGGGGUCAUCCUCCAGGCUACAGCAGCCUUGCCUCUCGCCUUUCCCGCCUGGAAGGCCGCUUCAAUUCCACCCUGGGCCCCUCGGAGGAGUUGGAAGACGGCUGGCCAGGUAGACCUGGAGGGCUUGGUCACUGGCUUCCAGCCGCCCCAGGCCGGCUGGAGAAGCUGGAAGGGCAACUGGCCAACGUGAGUGGAGAGCUGGGUGGGCGGCUGGAUCUGCUGGAAGAGCAGGUGGCAGGGGCCGUGCAGGCAUGUGGACAGCUCUGCUCCGGGUCCCCCGGGGAUCAGGACUCUGAGGUCAAUCAGAUCCUCAGUGGCCUGGAACGAAGGGUACUGGACAGUGAGGGGCAGCUGCGGCUGGUGGGCUCCGGCCUGCAUCAGGUGCGGGCAGAGGGAGAGGCCCGACAGGCUGUGCUGGAGCGCCUGCAGGGCACUGUAGGCCAGCUCCAGAACCGCGUGGACAUGCAGGACAGGGCAGCCACGGAACUCACACUGCGGCUGAAUGUCACUGCAACGCGGCUGGGCCAGCUGGAGGCUCUGCUGCAGGCCCGCGGAGAGGAGGGCUGUGGGGCCUGCGGGGGCGUCCAGGAGGAGCUCGGCCGUCUCCGGGACGGUGUGGAACGCUGCUCCUGCCCGCUGCUACCUCCGCGGGGCCCCGGUGCCGGGCCGGGUGUUGGAGGCCCAAGCCGCGGGCCUCUGGAUGGCUUCAGUGUGUUUGGUGGCAGCUCAGGCUCAGCGCUGCAGGCCCUACAAGGAGAGCUGUCAGAGGUGAUCCUCACCUUCAGUUCUCUCAAUGACUCGCUGCACGAGCUGCAAGCCACCGUGGAGGGCCAGGGCGCCGAUCUGGCUGACCUGGGGGCCACUAAGGACAGCAUCAUCUCUGAGAUCAACAGGCUGCAGCAAGAGGCCACAGAGCACGCCACAGAGAGCGAGGAGCGCUUUCGCAGCCUAGAGCAGGGGCAGGCCCAGGUGGGACAGUGCCCCAGCCUGGAGGGGCGCCUGGGCCGUCUGGAAGGAGUUUGUGAGCGCUUGGACACUGUGGCCGGGGGACUGCAGGGGCUGCGUGAGGGCCUUUCCAGGCAUGUGGCCAGCCUCUGGGCUGGGCUAAGGGAAACCAACAGCACCAGCCAGACACAGGCGGCCUUACUGGAGAAGCUUCUGGGAGGGCAGGCCGGCCUGGGCAGGCGGCUCGGAGCCCUGAACAGCUCCCUGCUACUCCUGGAGGACCGUCUGCACAAGCUCAGCCAGAAAGACCUCACGGGGCCUGCGGGUGAGGUGGGACCGCCAGGGCCUCCUGGGGUGCAGGGACCCCCAGGCCCUGCUGGACCCCCAGGACCUCCGGGCAAGGAUGGACAAGAGGGGCCUGUGGGGCCACCAGGUCCCCAGGGGGAGCAGGGAGAGGAGGGAACCCCAGCAGUCCCUGCACCCAGGGUAGCGUUUUCAGCUGCCCUAAGUCUUCCACGAUCCGAACCUGGCACAGUCCCCUUUGACAGAGUUCUGCUCAAUGACGGCGGCUACUACGAUCCAGAGACGGGCGUGUUCACCGCACCGCUGUCCGGGCGCUACCUGCUGAGUGCCGUGCUUACCGGGCACCGACAUGAGAAAGUGGAGGCCGUGCUGUCACGCUCCAACCUGGGAGUGGCCCGCAUCGACUCUGGUGGCUACGAGCCUGAGGCUCUGGAGAACAAGCCCGUGGCUGAAAGCCAACCAAGUCCGGGUGCCCUGGGCGUGUUCAGCCUUAUCCUGCCGCUACAGGCAGGGGACACGGUCUGCAUUGACCUGGUCAUGGGGCAGCUGGCGCAUUCGGAGGAGCCGCUCACCAUCUUCAGUGGAGCCCUGCUCUACGAGGACCCCGAACUGGAACACUUGUAG